ACAAAAAGAGAUCGAGGAACUAAAACUGCGAAAUUUUUUAUAUUGCUUAAUUUUUAUUUGCAAAAUGAAAAAGUACGAUUAACAAAAAGUGUAAACUGGUACGAAGAAAUUUCUAUUGUGGUGUGACGAAUAUUAUGCGCGUGAUUUCCUUUCGCCAAUUUAGGAAAUUAAUUUCGAAGAACUCGGUGUGCCGCGACAAGUUCUUUGCUUUUUUUUUUAUUACUAAAGUGUGCGACUUGAUUUUUUUCUAAUCUACAAUACAAAGCAACAAAAUUAUUGAAAUUGUGUUGCCAAUAUCUGCCUUGACCACCGUGGAAACAACCCAUCGUUGUAAUCGCCACAUUUCAUUUUGCAAUUGCACAGUUUUUUUUGUUUCAAUUAGUGGCAUAAACGAAUACGAUUUAGUUUUUCACCAAACUGGCUUUUUGACGUAUAUCGUUGGAAUAAAGCCGCAUCGCUCUAACUCAACGGGGAAAAAGUGGCCAGCUGCUGCGAAUAAAAACAUUUUUAUUGAAUUACUGAAAUAACACAUUAAGCAGAAAACUGAAUAUAAAACGAAGCGAAAAGGUUAAAUAAUGGCUUCACCGACGAAUAAGAGUGAUACCUCAGUAAGCCAUGAAGACACUGCUAAUGCCGGGAACACCACAGCGGAAGGCGAUAUCGACAUGAGCGGUAGCAUCGAAGCGGAGUAUAAUAGAAUUGCCAAUGGUCAGGGCUGGCUUAGAUUCUACCAGGAAAUUCGUGAACAUUGCGAUCGUGAAGCUAGUGAAAAACAAUUUGAAUCUGUUGAAUCAGAGAGAAUACACAAUCGCUGUCUAAACAGAUACAGAGAUGUAAAUCCUUACGAUCACUCGCGCAUUAUCCUCCGUAAGGGCGGUAUUGACUAUAUUAAUGCAAAUCUUGUUACGCUCGACCGUGCCGAAAGAGCAUAUAUUCUAACACAGGGUCCACUCACUGAAACCGUUGGGCACUUUUGGCUAAUGGUAUGGGAGCAAAAUACCAAGGCCAUUCUUAUGUUAAACAAAUUAAUUGAAAAGAAGCAAGUUAAAUGUCAUCAGUAUUGGCCUGAUAUGAGAGGUCCUGAAAAUGCACUAAUUUUGAAUGAAGUUGAGUUGGUUGUUGAAUUUAUUCGUUGUGAAGAGUAUCAGAACUUCUGUCGCAGAUGGUUCAAGCUAACAGAUCUUGAAACGAACACAAGCCGUGAGAUAUUACAAUUCCACUAUACAACAUGGCCGGACUUUGGAAUUCCUAGUUCACCAGUGGCGUUUUUACAAUUUUUAAAACAGGUGCGCGACACGGGUGCACUCGAUGCGAGUGUGGGGCCCGCAAUAGUUCACUGCAGCGCCGGGAUCGGACGUUCCGGCACAUUUUGUUUAGUAGACUGUUGUCUAGUUUUGGUUGAGAAAGAAGGCGAAAACAAGGUUUCUGUACAGGAAGUACUUUAUGAGCUGCGCAGAUAUCGCAUGGGCUUAAUACAGACUGCAGAUCAAUUAUACUUCUCUUAUCAAGCAAUUAUAGAGGGAAUCAAAUUGCUUAAAGAUCCCGAAUUUCUGAAUUACAAGGAGGAGCCAAUCGCUAACAGUGACAAUGGACACAAUCAGUAUGCCACAAGUGGAGAGAUGCCACCACCUCUACCGCCACGUACACAUUCCCUACCACUGCCAAUGGCCGGCUGCAGCACUGCCGGUGUACUAUCGUUCAGUCAACUCGGCAAGCCAUUACCAAAAAUACCGGCUAGCGCAAGUUUCAGUGACGAGCUAUACGGCAUGACCGCCAGUCCAGAGCACUCCAGCAAGGAAAAAACCGCUGAGAGCAUGUUGAAUAGACCUCUACCGCCAAUACCACAACAGGCGCAAGGCUCACAAAACCCGUUGGAACGAGUGCAUGAGUCAGACAGUGAUGACAAUGAUUUAUACGAGGACGAUAAAAGUGAUGACGGUAGUGAUGAUGAUGAAGUCGUAGAACAGGAUGAUGACGAUAAGAACACUAACGAAGGUAAUGACCGGAGUAGAAGCAGUGAACGUGCGAGCGGUAGCAGAGACGGUGGUAAUCAAACUACGGGUGAAGUAAAAUUAAACUUCUCCGAUUCCUCAAAUAGCAAACCAAUCACGAUCGGCAGCCCCGAAAAUGAAUUGAAACGGCGGAAACGUGUAGAGCGACAGACCAACAUCGAACAAAAAGUGAGCGAAAUCAAACGAAAACAGCGCGAAUCGGAGGAAAGAAAGCAUGCGGCGAAGAAAAGAAGGAAACCACAGCCCGUACACCUUAAACGCUCGCAUAAAUAAAUAUACCACUUAUAAGACUCAUGCCAAUUUUUUGUUAAGAUUGUUGCUAUAUACGAUAAUUCUAUGAACAAUCCGCUGAAAUAAUGUAUAAAUGUUUUAAGAAUAAGUUUGCUAUGAUGCGACAUAUAUUAUAACGUAAUGAAAUUUAAAUUGAUUAGUUAAUAUAACACUUAUACAUAAAUAUUUUUUUUUUUUUUUGUAACGUACAUACUUACCAACUAGACGCUGAUGGUGAUUAGUAGGUCUAGUGUGUGCCCUAACACUAUCACAUAAAAUGCUUCUUUGCUUGCCCAGACUUUGUUUGGAGCACAAGAUUUUGGUGGAAAGUAAUGAAGUAUGUAUUUCAAAUGAAAGUUAAACGGGAAUAACAUAGAAAACAAAGAACAAAAUUAGUUGCAAAAUGUUGCUUGAUUUCUAUAUGUAUUACACGACAAUAGACUGAGAAUGUAAAAUUAAAAAAAAAAUAAUAAUAAACCGAAAAGACGGAAAAAUUAAAACAAAUAACUUCUUUGUAAAUAUAUACAAUACAACUCAUGGCAUCAUAACAAUAUACUAUACAUAUAUACGCAUUGAAAACCUAAAGUAAAGUAGAUGUAAGUUGGGAAAUCUCAAAAAAGCAAAGUUUCUUCAACAUACGACAUUUCUUCAUUUCCUUCAAGUUUUUGCUUUAUAAUGUGAAUUAAUAAACUUAUGCAGUGAGUUUGUGAACUGUCUGUUAAGAGCAAAUUUUAUAUUGUACUUUCGUAUGCGUUAAAGAAAAACAUGUUUUUUGAAUUUUUCAAACAAAUGUAGUGUGCCAGUGUGUCGACAUUUAAUGCCUUAUGCAGCAAGCGAAAAAAUUAACGUAAAUUGCUCUUAAAAACUGCAUGCACGUGCAACUUUUCUAUGCAUUUUUGUAUACGGAUUUUUGGUAUAUAUGAAUGUUGUAAAUAAUUACAGUUUUUUUUUUUUGCAUGUUUGCUUACAAUUAUUUAAUAUCACUUAAGGGGUAACACCACUGUAGAAAUUUCAAAAAAUUGAUUUUUUGUUUAUAAGCUUAAAAAAUUCUUUGAACCUUUUAAAAUACAGAACAAAAAGUUUUAUACGUUACCGAAGUUUAUUUCAUAAACAUUUUAAGCUUUUAACCAAGCGUUAGUGACUGCUACCUAACGAUUUCUCCAAAUUUCCAAACUUUAAACGUGUUUUUCUCAAAACACGUUUUCAGAAAUUGGCACGCAGCAUAACUCAAACAAUUUUAAAUAUUUUUAAUCAGGUUUUUCACUACGUCUGUAUAAUAACCUUCUUAAGAGAAGAGCGUAGGGGAUUUUCGAUAGAUUAAUUUAAACGAUUGUUAUAAUUAUUUAAGUGCCGUUUUUUUAGUCCAAAAUAGAGUUUUUUCCUUCAAAUGCUUGCUAAUUCCACAAAAAUAAAUAUUUUUUAAAUCCCCUACGUGUUUCUCUAGCUAUUCUUAUCUAGAUUAAGAAAAAAAAAUUUCCUUGUUCCAGAUUAAAAUUUGCACCCUCUGUGCUGCGUGCCGCGGAGCUCCUUCAAGAGAAACCACAUUACAAAAAUGUCUCCAAUGCCGCCAUUUUGUAAAAUUUUUCGAUCAAACUUUGUAGUUUUGUAUUUUAGUAUAUACAGUGCGCUCGGGAAAACGUCAGCUAAUUAAAACCACGAGUGUUGACGUUUAACAAAUUGUUGACGUUUAUGAAUGUAGAAACUGUUAAUAAAAAAACAUAUUGAUAGUGUGCUUUAAACGUUUUUAUUGACUAUAAACUUAAACUAAACAUAAACAAAUACAAAAAAAGAACAAAAAAGGCUUUCAGCCUAACUAAAACUAAAGGAACGCAUUUCAAAAGAGAUCACAUUUCACAUACAUACUUAUGCAUCUAAAAAAAAUUGGUUAUUUUUUUCUGUUGUUUUUUCCUUUCCAAUACUUGGAGGAGAGCUUUCUCUCGUAAACGUCUUAAUACAUUUAAGUAAUUUUGCUCAACAUUCUCGCAUUGAGCCCAAUCUAAAGCCCGGUUAAAUAUUUCGACAGCUUCGUUUGGUUUUAUUGUCUGUACAUUUGUACUCGUAUCUAAAUCGUUGUCAUCAUCAUCGGUCACUUCUAACUCCUCAGCUUCACACGAAUUAGAAACAUAACCCAGUAGAAAAUCUUCAUUCCACUUUUGAAUGGAUGAUACUGUAUAGUCAACCUUAAAAAAUGUAUAAAGUUACUGGUCGUGUCGUUAAAAUAAUUUUAUAAAGCGACAAAUCUGGGGGUUUAUUUCAUAAAGCAGAUCAACUGCGAGCUCCAUUUGUUGUUGCAGUUCCGAGUUUAUUUUUUCUUUCAAUAUGCUUAACGGAAUAUCUUCCUCCAGAUCUGUCUCAUUUUCCGUGAAACGCAAAACAUUUUGCCAUUGUAUCUUUGCUAACUUUAUUCCAUGCGGCUUCUAAAAGCAUAACACAAUCCCUUAAUGUAACAGCUUUCAUAGAAUCUACUAGAUCUGAUUUUUUUGCUGUUACCAUGGCUAGAAGACUGUUUCUAUAAUACAACUUCGUUAUUUUAAUUGCGUUUUGAUCCAUUGGUUGGAUAAGUGGGGUUACAUUCGGAGGAAAGAACAUUGCAACUAUGUUUCCAUCUUCUGUUUUAAGCUCUAAUUCACUUGGAUGAGAUGGAGCAUUGUCUAUCAGAAGGAGCGCUUUAACUGGCAAGUCCUUUUUUAAAAGAAAAUCUGUUACCUAAAAUUAGAAAAUCUUAGCUAUUAAAAGCGAUUUUUCUGUAGCAGAACAAAUAUUAACCUGUGGCACAAAGGAUUUGUGAAACCAAUCGUAGAAAAUAGCUGAUGCCAUCCAUGAGGACUUGGAACUCUUGUACUCAGUUGGGCAGUUAAAGUUUUUGAAAAUGCGUGGAUUUUUUGCCUUCCCAGUCACCAACAAUUUAAGCUUAUGAUUUCCGGAAGCAUUAGCACAACAUAAAAAAGUAACGCGUUGUUUUUCUGUCUUUACGCCCGGAGCAGUUUUUUCGGCACUUGAUACGUAAGACUUUUCUGGCAAAAUUUUCCAAAAUAAGCCAGACUCAUCAGCAUUGCACAAUUGAUCAUGGCAAAUACCCAUUUCUUAAAUUUUUUGUUUAAGUUUGAUUUUAAAUGGUUCGACCAGCAAAGGCUGUGAAGAUAGCUUUCCUCCAGUUAUUUUAAGCAGGCAAACUCCAUAUCUUUUUUUAAAACCUUGCAACCAUCCAUCACUUGCGUUAAAAGAACAUUCCUUUUCUUUUAUUUUUAGAUGAAUCUCUUUAGCCUUUUGUUUGAGCGCUAAUGCAUUAACCGGAUAAUGCUUUUCUCUCUGCUUUACAAACCAUUGAUACAGGCGCUUUUCCAUUUUCGGCAACUCUGAUGCUCUUAAUGUCUUUCUUUUUCCCGGGCCGGAAAGCGUAUUAUUGACACAGUCCAAACUUUUAUUUUUUUCAUUUUUAUCUUGCUAAUUGUUGAUUUUGAGAUACCAUAUUGUUUUGCUAAAGCUACCGCACUUGCACCCUUUUCUAAUAAAUCCAAAAUAUUUGCCUUUUCUUGUAAUUUAAGCACUUUCGGUUGUUUUGAACACAUUUUGGUAAUGUGGCACUUACGAGAACAAAAAAUCAACUGAACAUAAAAAAGAUAACACAUUGAGAUGGAAUUUUUUUUCUAUUCUACAUACAUAAAUAUGUAUGUACUUAAAUAUAAGGGGAAUCCCCGAAUUCUGAACUAAUUUCAUGAAAUAAAUGUGUGUGUGUGAUCAAAACUGUGUAUUUUAACUGUUGCUUAAUUCAAAAUUUUGAUUUAUUUAAAGUUGACGUUUUAGAGCUUUGUGGUUUGGUUGACGUUUUAGAGUAGACAAUGUAAAAAACUAAGGGUUGACGUUUUCCCGAGUGCACUGUAAGUAAUAACUUCCCAAACCAGAGUGAUUGUUUCCCCUUUCCUUCUAUACAAAAAAUUCUUUAAAAAUCGUGUUUAUUUUACGCGUGUAGAGUGGUGUUACCCCUUAAAUAAAUAAUUUUUUACAUAGAAAAAAAAUAUUGAAAAUAGGCCGUUUUUUACCCGACGAAUCCCAUGUAACCCCUUAAAAACGCUAAUAAUAGUAUAAAGUCAGCCAUAACUGAAUUUCUUAAAGGUAUUAAGGGGUUAGUUAGGGGUAGUCAGAAGCCCGAAAAAAUUAUGAUUUUCAAUCAUUUUUUUUUUUUUUGCUAGUCAAUUUCUUUAUUUUACAAAAAUAAAAGCAUAGCAUUAAUACAUUUUGUUUCGACUUGACUUUAGCAAAAUUUCAAAAAAAAAAGAAUUAAUAAUUGUAAAAGUUAUCGCUGUUUGUGUGGCGCCCGUUUCUCCAGAAGUCACUUGCGGUGAUCAUCACAAGCCCUUGGAGAUUCAUCUAAAUCAAUCGGACAAGAGAAAUUAGUUUUAUUGGUAGAUAAUCUUGCUCACAACGGACCCAUUUCGUGGUCUAAGUGGCAUCGCUGUCUCUAUGUGCGACGCGGCUGCCUAACUUAACCUAAUAGAUAAUCUUGUGCCUGAUCGAAGCUUUUUUUUUUUUCAAAAUUAACAAUAUGGCGGCCUGAGGAAAUAUUUUUCAGAUUUUCGAGAAAAAAACCGACAAUUAAUUGUUUAAAAAAAUCGAAAUUUAAAAAAAAAAUUCUCCGUCAGGCACGAGCUAUUUAUUUUUUUCAAAAGCAGUAUACAUUUUAUUGAAAUCUACAAAGCGUUUCUUUUUUCCAAAAUUAACAAUAUAGCGACCUCAGGAAAUAUUUUUCAGAUUUUCGAGAAAAAAACUGACAAUUAAUUCUUUAAAAACAAAAUUUACUUUUUGGGAAAAAAAUCCUUCGAUCAGGCAUAAGUUUUUAAUGUUUUCCAAAAGUAGUAUACAUUUUAUUGAAAUCUAUCAAGCGGUUUUUAAGUUACAGUGAUCACCAGUUCAAAAAACAUAUUUUUGAGAAAAACGCUUUUAAAGUUUUGCGAACGCUCCGGAGCGCAGGACCGCCCUUUGUUAACUGUUGAAUAACUCGAAAAGUAUUUGUCGGAUUCACUUCAAAUUUUCACACAAUAUUUUUAAGAUAUCAUACCUGAAGAAAAUGCAAAAACAAGUCCAUUAUUAUUAUUAUUA